AAACUACACAACAUGAAAUCAGCGCGAGAACACACAGAUACUGAGAUCUAAGUAGAACUUAGAAAACAUUCAACGCCAUUAUAUUUUAUUGUUCACUUUUGCUUAAGAACGAGACAAAUUAAUUUCAGAAUCAAUAUCAAUCGAUUGGUAUUUUGCACAACAUUAUGAACAAAAUGGCGAACAAUAUGGACAUGGAUAUGGACGUAGAUGAUUUGAAGGAAACGGAGUUAUCGGAUUUUCCAGACGAAGUUCUGAUGAAAAUUAUGAUCUUUUUAAACGAUACAACUUUACUCAACAUGACACGCGUUAGUAAGCGUUUUCGUGGAAUUGCCAAAGAUGCAUUCAAAAAGAAGUACAGCCAUACGUAUUUCGAAAUGCAUCUGUUUCAUGACAAUGUAGCCACACAGCGCAGACAAUACCAACCAUUUAUUUGUACUUUUGGCGAAAAUUUGAUCGCGCUAUAUAUUCACUUUGAGAGCGGUCCUGUAGACGAAAAUCACUGGAUUUACACACUGAUUCAACGAUAUUGCACAAAUCUUGAAGAUAUUAAAGUUGAUGCAAGUGACAAUAUUAACUUAUCAAAAAUUCUACGACCACAGUUACAAUCGUCUCUGAAAAUCUUGUCAUUGGGAUAUUCAACUCUCACUCAUCACACAUGGUCAUCUUGUCGAUUCGAGAAUCUCAUUCGCCUGGAUAUAGAUGAGAUUUACAAUUCCGUACAGCAACAAUUGGUUGAAUUCAUCCAGAAAAAUGUCCAAUUAGAAGAUAUCAGAUUGAAAUCUGUCUACAAAAUGGAAGAACCCGAAAAUUAUCUGGAAAUUCUCAACGCAAUCCAAAGCAAUUGCAAAAAUAUACACACACUGAUAGUAGUGCACUGCUAUGGACCGAUACAAUGGAACAAUGAAAUGAUCAAUAUUUUGUGCAAACUUACCACGUUACAUAAAUUAAAAAUUGAUGUUGAACAUUUGAAGAUCACUCACCUUGAGUCAAUUGUUCGAAGUUUGGACAAUUUAUCGUUCCUUACCUUGAAUCCGGGGAUUCGUGGUCACUCCGACAUUCACCAGAAUCUUAAUCGUGUCAUUUCACUGUGUCAGAAUGUAGCUCAUCUUGAAAUUGAUAACUUACGGACCGAAACAAGUUUCGAGCUCUUCGCACACACUGCCAAUGAAAUGCAGUCGAAUAGAUCGGUAACAUUGGAGUAUGAACAUGGAAUCAACGAAAAAAUAUUGAUUACAAAGGGCGAGGUUAAACGCAACAAAAUCAUCGUAUACAAAAAAGAUGCAGUCAACGGCGUACAUUCGAAGAAUCUAUUGGACUUAAAUGAUGACUGUUUUGGCAAAAUCAUUGGUUUUUUGGGAGUAAAAAGUCAUGCUGCUUUAUAUGACACAUGUCGACGGGCUCGGAGUGAAGUCAAAAAGUUUUACCACGAAAAUACGCUUGUGACCCGUUUUGAUCAAGAAACACUUAGUGCGAGUGUUUUAUGGUGUUUGGGCGAGUUUAUCAAAUCUAUGGUACUGCAUAAUACUUCUAAUCACAAUAAAAACACACAUCAACAAAUAUGGACAAAUAUCAAUCAUUAUUGCACUAACUUGAACGAAUUGACCAUACUUUCCCGUAAUGGAUUUAACUUUCAAAUAAAUGUUUGGCCUUUGAAGAAGCUGAUUUUUUCUGGACGUUUCUUCUACUAUCGAGGCAAUGAUUUGUCAGAAUAUGCAAUUAGCUAUGAAAAAUUGCGGUUAUUUAUCUGCCCCAUGUUGACACAUUUGGAAAUAUUGAGUUUCAAUAUUCUUGGCGAUGCUGUGCAGAGUUUGGAUCAUGGCGACAGUUUUCGUAACUUGACAGUAUUAAAAUUUGGACACUACAAUGAAGACGUGAAGAAAUUUCUGGCGGCACUAGACGAUAGAGUUUGCGAACAAAUGUUGGAACUUUCGAUUGGUGCACAUCUCCCAAUGGAAUCGGAAGUUGAUCAUUUGAACGAUGAUGAAGAUUCAGACUUUGAUCUAAAUCCAUUUCAAGAUUAUCAUGAUAAAAAGUUCAAAGGUCAAGCAACCAAAUCAAACAUCGAACUCAUUAACAUUGUUUCGAGAUUCAGAAAAUUGACAACCUUGUAUUUGGUAGUUCGUGGUGUGGAUUGCUGUGAUACCAAAUAUCUAUUCGAAAAUUGCACAAAUUUGAAUGAAUUUGGUGUUUGGUGCUGGGGUGAAUUUCGAUGUGAAGAAAUGUUUAGACAUAUCUACGAAAAUUGCGAUCAAAUCAAAAAAAUCCGCCUCUUUGGCAUCGGUAUUUUUCGCAAACUUAUACAAAGACUCCGCACAAUGUUUCCGACUGGAACGGUUGAGGUAGCCAUUCAAAAUAAUGUGGCUUUUCCAGUUAACGAUGACAGUCCUCGUUACGAUCAAAUGGUUGUGAGCAUACCAGACAACUAAAACUAAAGGAAAUUUUUCCAUAAAAAAAAAACGUAUUUUCUGAAUUACCUUUUUUCCGUAUAUCACUUUGAAUAGCUCUAGAAAAAAAAAUCUAGUUAAAAAAGACACAUACAUUGUUCAAAACAAUCAAAAGAGAAUAUAAAUGUUGAUUUGAAGAAUUUCAGAAAUAAAUAAAA